AUGGACGAGCCUGCAGACGUGACAGACUGCUGGAGCUGCUCCGCCAUUGGCCUUCCGCGGGUCACGUGGUGUCAGGAAGGUGAUAUGAGGGUGGAAGGCAGUUUUACAGCUUUGACAGACUACCUGGAGGUUAGGGCACAGGGAGCAACCGAUUAAUGACUGCUCUCAUCAGGCUUCAUCACUUGUGAACAAACAAAAGGCUCCUGCAGGAUGAACUCCUACCUGGACUACCCCGGGUGCAACCGGGGAGCGAACCUCUUCAGCGCCAAGGCCGGAUACCACAACCUCAACCACGGAUACAUGUCGUCCAGCUCGUGUGCAACAAGUGAGAGCUACGCACCGGAUGGCCGCUUGGUCUCCGGGACCCCCAGCCUCCCCCUGCAGACCCCCAGCCUCCCCCUGCACCACCAGGGCCACCAGGUCAACCUGGACCUGCAGUUCUCCACACCCGGGAGCUCCAUGUACGGGUCUCCUCUGGAGUUCGGACACCACCAGUACGGCCUGGCUCCCGAGCAGGACCGGAACUUCAUCCAUGCGCAGGUGUCCCCCCUCGGAACCAGCAUGGCCCCUUACCCCGGGGACAGCCACUAUCUGCACUUCGGUACCGGGGAGCAGAGGCAGCAAGAAUACACAGACAGUGUUUACACCAGGUUACCGGCCCAGAGCAAGGAGACGGACUUGGAGCAUGUGGAGGAAACGUCUAAAACAUUCGAUUGGAUGAAAGUGAAGAGGAAUCCUCCCAAAACAGCGGGCCUGUCCGAGUUCCCCGGGCAGCACAACGUGAUCCGCACCAACUUCACCACCAAGCAGCUGACGGAGCUGGAGAAGGAGUUCCACUUCAACAAGUACCUGACGCGGGCCCGCAGGGUGGAGGUGGCCGCCAGCCUGGAGCUCAACGAGACCCAGGUGAAGAUCUGGUUCCAGAACCGCAGGAUGAAGCAGAAGAAGCGGGAGAAGCUCGGCUCCUCCGUGGGGAACAUCACCCCAGCACCUGUGGAGAAGGUCUCCGGCCCUGACUCCUCUCCAAAGGGGAAAGGGAACGACUCUGGACCAUUAUAA